GCUGCAAGAUCAAAGCUCUGAGGGCCAAGACCAACACAUACAUCAAGACCCCGGUGAGGGGUGAGGAGCCUGUCUUCAUGGUGACAGGGCGGCGGGAGGACGUGGCCAUGGCCCGACGGGAGAUCAUCUCGGCGGCCGAGCACUUCUCCAUGAUCAGAGCCUCCCGCAACAAGGCAGGAACCACCUUUGGCAGCGCCCCCACCCUGCCAGGCCAGGUCACCAUCCGCGUCCGCGUGCCCUACCGCGUGGUGGGGUUGGUGGUGGGACCUAAAGGAGCUACCAUCAAGAGGAUCCAACAGCAAACCAACACCUACAUCAUCACUCCGAGCCGGGAUCCCGUGAUCACGGGCGCACCGGGCAACGUGGAGCGCGCGCGGGAGGAGAUCGAGACGCACAUCGCCGUGAGGACGGGCAAGAUCCUGGAGUACAACAACGAGAACGAUUUCCUAUCCAGCAGCCCUGACUCGGGCAUGGAGAAUCGUUACUCCGAGGCCUGGAGGGUGCACACGCCGGCCCCGGGCUGCAAACCCCUGUCCACCUUCCGCCAGAACAGCUUGGGCUGCAUCGGCGACUGCUCCGUGGACCCCGUGUACGAGACCCCUCGGCUCAACGACCAAAACGACUUCAAUUACGGUUACCUCUUCCCCAACUACGGCGUGAACAAGCAGGAUCUGUACUACGGCGUGCCCGAGUCGGGGGCGCCCAUGUGGGCCGGCCAGGAGAACACCAACCCCGUCUCGGUCCUCUUCUCCAAGCAGCAACGUUCCAGCAGCACCGGGACCAUCCACCCCAACUCCCACCGCUCGCCGGCGUCUUCCAUCCCCGAGCCCGGCCUGGCUGGGCUCCCCAGGAGAGCUCAGGGGGAGGUUCUCCAGAGCUUCUCCAAGCUGGGCACGGUGGGCGCUGCCCGGACGGGGGUGAGCGGCAGCAGGGA